CACUCAUUGGCAGCCGAGCCAAACCCUGCGCUAAAUCCGUUAUCCAGGUUCCGUCUGAGAAGAUCCUGAGGGCAGGCAAGGUCCUUCGCCAUGCCAUCCUCUCCAGGGCAUCACACAUGAUCCGGGACAGGAAGUACCACCUGAAGACCUAUAGGCAGUGCUGUGUGGGCACCGAGAUGGUGGACUGGCUGACCCAGCAGAGCCCAUGUGUCCACUCCCGCACUCAGGCCAUCGGGAUGUGGCAGGUUGUGCUUGAAGAAGGAGUGUUGAACCACGUGGACCAGGAGCUCCACUUCCAGGACAAGUACCUCUUUUACCGUUUCCUCGACGACGAGCAGGAAGACGUGCCCCCGCCCAGCGAGGAGGAGAAGAAGGAGAGCGAGGAGGAGCUGCAGGACAUGCUGCUCCUGCUGUCCCAGAUUGGGCCAGACGCCCACAUGCGCAUGAUCCUGAGGAAGCUGCCGGGCCAGAGGACAGCGGAUGACCUGGAAAUCGUCUAUGAAGAGCUGCUCCACAUUAAAGCUUUGUCUCACCUCUCCACCACGGUGAAGAGGGAGCUGGCAGGCCUGCUCAUCUUUGAGUCACAUGCCAAGGCGGGGACAGUGCUGUUCAAUCAAGGAGAAGAAGGGACCUCAUGGUACAUCAUCUUAAAGGGCUCUGUAAAUGUCGUCAUCUACGGCAAGGGUGUUGUAUGCACUCUUCACGAGGGUGAUGAUUUUGGCAAGCUAGCACUAGUCAACGAUGCCCCACGGGCUGCCUCCAUCGUCCUGCGGGAGGACAACUGUCACUUCCUGCGGGUGGACAAGGAAGACUUCAACCGCAUCCUGAGGGAUGUGGAAGCCAACACUGUGCGUCUGAAAGAGCACCAUCAAGACGUGCUGGUUCUGGAGAAGAGCCCCAGCAGCAGUCGUACUUCCAACCUUGGAGGCACGCCCUCCCACUACAAAUACACUGUGAUGUCUGGUACACCAGAGAAGAUCCUGGAGCAUGUCUUGGAGACCGUGAGGCUGGACUCAAGCAUCACUGACCCAGACCCAGUCCUGGACGACUUUGUGCUCAUGCACUGUGUCUUCAUCCCCAACAGCCAGCUCUGCCCGAUGCUAAUGGCACACUACCACGCCCAGGUAUCCCAGGGUUCUGAGCAGGAGAAGCAGAACUAUGCCCUGGGUAACAAGCGGCGGGUGGUACGCCUGGUGCUGCACUGGGCCUCGCUGUACGGGGACCAUCUCCAGGAAGAGGAGGCCUCGCUGGCAUUCCUGGAGGAGUUGCGCGUGACAGUGGCUGACGACUCCAGGGUCUUCCCCGCGCUGAAGGAGGAGCUCGCUGAUUUGGAGAAGGUGGUGAAACUGAAUUUGGAUGAUGCAAAAUCUUCUCAAAAAAAGCACAAAGUUCUGCUGCGUCAGUUCAGCAUGGGCGAUGAGCGGCUCCAGAAGCGACAGCCAAUCAGGAGCACUGAUGAAAUCCUGUCCAAAGUCUACUGCACGGACCACACCUACAGCACCAUUCGGGUGCCAGUGGCAGCCUCCGUGCGGGAAGUCAUUGCUGCUGUGGCCGACAAGCUGGGGUCAGCUGAGGACCUGCUCCUGGUCUGCCUCAGCUCAGCCGGAGACAAGCUGGUGCUGAAGCCCAAUGACAUUUCAGUGUUCUCCACGCUCAGCAUCAACGGACGUCUAUUCGCCUGCCCCAGGAACCUCUUGGAUUCACUGACUCCACUGCCAGAGCAGGAAGGACCGUCCACAGGGUCCUUCGGAACCUUCGAGCUGAUGAGCUCCAAAGACCUGGCCUAUCAGAUGACGCUCUACGACUGGGAGCUCUUCAACUGUGUCCAUGAGCAUGAGCUCAUAUACCAGACAUUCGGGCGGCACAACUUCAAGAAGACCACAGCCAACCUGGACUUGUUCCUCAGGAGGUUCAACGAGGUGCAGCUGUGGGUAGUCACCGAGGUGUGCCUUUGCGCCCAGCUUGGCAAGCGUGUACAGCUCCUCAAGAAGUUCAUCAAGAUCGCCGCCCAUUGCAAGGAGUACAAGAACCUGAACUCCUUCUUCGCCAUCAUUAUGGGGAUGAGCAACCCGGCGGUCAGCAGGCUAAGCCAGACGUGGGAGAAACUGCCUGGCAAGUUCAAGAAGUUCUACGGAGAGUUUGAAAGUCUGAUGGACCCUUCCAGAAACCAUCGGGCCUAUAGGCUGACUGUGGCCAAACUGGACACCCCUCUCAUCCCCUUCAUGCCCCUCCUCAUUAAGGAUAUGACUUUUAGUCAUGAAGGCAACAAGACAUUCGUUGACAACUUAGUCAAUUUUGAGAAAAUGCGAAUGAUCGCUAACACGGUGAGGAUAGUGAGAUACUGCCGGAACCAGCCAUUCAGCCCUGAUGUGUCCCUGGCCAAUAAAAACCACCAGGAUGUGUGGAGCUGCGUGCGCCAGCUCACUGUCAUCGACAACCAAAGGACGUUGUCCCAGCUGUCCCACAGACUGGAGGCACGCAGGACCUGAGCCUUGCCAGCCUAAGCACUGAAUGCACCUGGAUCGGAAGCACCCAAUCAGAGCUCUCCGCAUCACUGACAGCAGGCCGGAUGUGGCAGCCCUGAUGCCAUCUCCAUCUUUACAUCACUUCCUCACCUUUCUUUUCCUUUCUACAUUAUAUUCCCAUUCUUUUCUGUCUUCCUUGUGCUAUCGCAUGUCAACCACCAUAGAUACCUGAAUGUACCUGUCCCAAAAGCUUUCUGAAUGUAUCUUCCUUUCAUGUUACAGUUUUACUUCUUUAGCAGCUCCUACGAAGACGAUAUCCUCAAAGUGCUGAAUUUCUCCUUGCUGUGUUCACAGCUGUACAAUGUAAUCAAAAUAAAACUAUUUCCCAUCAUCCAUUUUAAGACAAAAAAGAACUGUAUCCUAAAUCUAUUACAGGCAAAGCCAUUCAAAUAUAACAUUUAUCAGCAGGCAUCUAGAGUUUAUUUAUAUAGCUCUCAAAGUGCACCUAAUAUUUUUUUUAACUGUGAUAUUAUGUUGGGCAUAUCAGUAUAGAGGUAUUCUAGAUGCAGAAUAAAGCCCAAGUUUUCAUAACUGGUGAUGCAGUACUACUAGUUGUCUUACAAUUCACAGAGUUUUGUAAAUUAAAUAAAAAGUAUUUUGUUCUUUGUGACGGUUAUUUUAUGUAUGAUGUGAAAUGUCUGACUUUAUUACUCUCGACCUCAGCAUGCUCCGGAGUUUAUUACAGCGGAGGUUCUCUAUAAGCUAUCUGUUGUUGCCAGCCGCUGUAUUUCACUGUAUUCUGUAAAUAUAGACUUAUUAAAUGGCUUUUUUUAUAAA